AUGGGCGUGGAGCAAGCCAACCCUGUCCCGGACUGCCUGAGAUCGAAGGUUGCAGCCAAUCAGUCCCUGCAUCAUGCACGAACGAGCCUCCAGGCAAGAACAUCCAGCCAACCACAGGACGGGGAGGCCAUCCAUCUCGCUGUCGUGGACACGACCACACCCAGCACUCGGACUGGACCUCACACUCCACUGGGACCGCAGCGGCACGAAACAGCGUAUCGGGAGGAAGACGAUGAUGAGAUAAAACAAAUAGAGAUUGAACUGCUCUACUUGCGCCUUGGCUCCCUCGGACGGGGCCUUCUAUGGCUGGCUGGCUGGCUGGGUCGGGUGGAGGUUGAGUUGAGCAGCUGCGUUGCCAUGCCAUCACCGCCAUUCAGAGGGCGAAAGGGACGACGAUGGCUUUUUCCGAAUAAUGUCGUUAAGAGGUCGACUACCUAUCACAUCCGCUCGAGGUUGUUGCUUCACUAUGUAACACGGUCUGCUGGGUGGAUGCAGGUGACUGCUGCUCAUCCCUUGGACGACGGGGUUGGCGAUGGUGGAAAUAUGAUAUCCAACCCCCCUCCCCUAGAUCACCAGUCAUCGACCAUUAACCAUAUCAGCAAUCUACGUACGGGAGCAGUUACCCGUCUGAGGGGCAACUUCGCUAGUUAACUUAUCGAUAACUAACUGCGAGCAGUCAAGUUGUCCCGCCCUUAAACUCCCUCGUUUUUACCUGCUUCGUUUCUUUUCUUUUCGACCCUCGUUGCUUUUUUGACUUUAGGUUUCGCCGGCUCUGCUGUGAGGGAGGGGUAUCAACCACCCCCUU